UUUUAAUGAGGUCACAACACUGUGGAUAAGGUAUUUCACUUUAAGUAGCCGUCCGUCAUCAGAGUCACCACAGAUGGGGAAUGACACAUGACCAGCGAACCUCAGAAGCAUGUGGAGGUGGUCAACAAUGCCCAAGCGUUCAUGUUGACCUGCAGCCUGAGGAAUGUUCACCCUGACGGAGGUUGCGUCUCUCAACGACAUCCAGCCGUCUUACCGAAAACUCAAGCCGUGGUGGGACGUCUUCAUGGACUACCUCGGUGUCGUCAUGUUAAUGAUGGCCAUAUUUGCUGGAACCUUGCAGCUGACCAAAGACGAGGUGGCUUGUCUUCCCAUUUUGAAUGGAGCUGUGACACGUGCGGAGAAACACACUGGUCCUCCUCUGAGAAGUGCUUCAGAUGGUGUUCUGUAUGGGGAGAGUGAAGCUGGAGAGGCGGCAGUUCACCUCAUGGCUGCGCGGUCUCCGUCGGUUCCUCUCACCGAGUCCAGCGAGGGCAUGAAGGAAACCCUCACUGGAGUGAAAACCGAGUUGGACUUUCAGCAGUAUGUUUUUGUCAACCAGAUGUGCUACCAUGUCGCCCUGCCCUGGUAUUCCAAGUAUUUCCCCUACCUUGCUCUGAUUCACACCAUUGUGCUGAUGGUGAGCGGCAAUUUUUGGUUCAAAUAUCCAAACACCAGUUCCAAAAUAGAACACUUUGUGUCAAUACUGGGCAAAUGUUUUGAGUCGCCGUGGACCACCAAGGUCCUGUCGGAGACAGCCUGCGAGGACUCGGAGGAGAACAAGCAGAAGUUGACGGGGGCCUCCACUCUCUUGAAACAUCUGUCCACAAACAACGAGGAUGGAAACGAAAACCAGGCUGCUCCGAUGCCCAAUUCGAGCGUAAGCUUUUCCACUGAGAGGCUGGUGAGUGAAAUGGCCUCGAUGACCAAACUGGACAAGAAGGACGACGAGCAAGCCAAGGCCCUGUUUGAGAAGGUGAGGAAGUUCCGCAUCCACGUGGAAGACAGCGACCUGAUUUACAAGCUCUACCUUAUUCAGACCGUCAUGAAGGCGGUGACCAUCAUUCUGGUCCUGGCCUACACCAUGCCCAUCGUCGCCUCCGUGGACUUCGAGCACCUGUGCGAGCCGGCCAUCAAGCACCUGACCGGAUAUAUCAAGUUCCAAUGCACCCACAACUUGGCCUUCAUGUUGAAGAAACUGCUCAUCAGCUACAUCGUCGUCAUCAGCGUCUACGGCAUGAUCUGCAUAUACUCACUCUUCUGGGUUUUCCGGAGGUCACUGAAGGAGUACUCCUUUGAGAAGUUCCGCGAGGAGAGUCGUUUCAGCGACAUCCCCGACGUGAAGAACGACUUUGCCUUCCUGCUGCACAUGGUGGAUCAGUACGAUCAGCUGUAUUCCAAGCGCUUUGCCGUUUUCCUCUCGGAGCUCAGUGAGAACAAGCUGCGUCUCAUCGGCCUGAACCACGAGUGGACGGUCGAGAAGCUGCGGAACCACAUGAAUCGUAAUUCUCAAGACAAGCUGGAACUGAUUCUCUACAAGCUGUCUGGUGUUCCGGACUCUGUGUUCAACCUGACGGACCUGGAGGUGCUGAAACUGGACUCCAUCCCAGAGGCUCAGCUAACAGCAAAGAUUUCACAAAUGACAAACCUCAAGGAGCUUCACUUGUGUUACUGCCCUGCUAAAGUGGAGCAACUGGCCUUCAGCUUCCUUCGAGACCAUCUCCAGUGCAUCCAUGUUGAGUUCAAAGACGUGGCGGAGAUUCCCAGCUGGGUCUACCUGCUGAAGAACCUGAGGGAGCUGUAUUUGGUCGGCAACCUGAACUCUGACAACAACAAGAUGAUUGGGCUAGAAUCGGUGAGGGACCUCAGGCACCUGAAGGCUCUGCACCUCAAAAGCAACCUAACGAAAAUACCCACCAACAUCACUGAGCUGUCGCCACACUUGACCAAGCUGGUCCUCCACAACGACGGCACCAAACUUCUGGUGCUGAAUACCUUGAAGAAAAUGAUGAACCUCACUGAGUUGGAGAUUCACAACUGUGCUCUGGAGCGGAUUCCUCAUGCCAUCUUCAGUUUGAACAACCUCCAAGAGAUUGAUCUCAAGUCCAACUACAUUCGUAGCAUUGAGGAGAUCAUUAGCUUACAGCACCUCAAAAAUCUGACCUGUCUCAAACUGUGGCACAACAGCAUCAUCUCCAUCCCCUCGUCCAUCAGUCAGGUCAAGAACCUGGAGUCGCUCUAUCUCUCACACAACCAGCUGGAGUCGCUGCCACCCGCCUUGUUCCACCUUCCCAAGUUGAGGUACCUGGAUGUGAGCCACAACUCCAUCACCGACAUCCCCCUGGAGGUCGGCUUCCUCCAGAACCUCCAGUACUUUGCUAUUACCAGCAAUAAAGUCAAAGUGCUCCCGCAGCAGUUGUUCACCUGCUUCAAGCUGAAGGCUUUGUACCUGGGCUACAACCUGAUCUCUUCUCUUCCCGAUGCCAUUGGUCAGCUGGUGCACCUGACACACAUGGAACUGAAAGGCAACUGCCUGAAUUACCUGCCGCCUCAGAUUGGGGAGUGUAGUCUCCUGCGCCGGAGUGGCCUCGUCGUCGAGGAGCACCUUUUUGACAUGCUGCCCCUGAACGUCAAGGAACACUUCAGUCUGGAGAACUGAACUGGUGUUAGAUUAGAUUAGCGCAUACCAGACUGGGAGGGAUCCCAGACGUCACUAAGAUCCAAUUCAACUGUGUUAUAAGAAGUUACUUAUUUAUCCUGCAAUGAAUUUGUGACCAAGGCCCAGAGAAGCGGAGGGGAAGGCGAGAAAGUAUGAAAGAGUGGAUAGCUUUCCAUAACUGUACAACUAAGUUUGGGCCGAAGACGAUGCGAGAGCCGAAACCACCUGUAAUAAGUGAUACACUUUCAUCUACAGAGAUGCCUUCUGUGUUACAUUCUGCCGGAAUACACCAAUUAAUUAUUGGCAUUUUAAUGUGUGAUUAUGAUCCGGAUGCUAAUGUUGGCCUUUAUUACUGUAUAUUUCUGCUGAAGAUUCAAAUACAAACAAAAAAAUCAUGACAACUGUACAUAAAACUUUGAAAGAAUAUUGGCUUUAAUAAAUAUUUUCCAUAUUUUCCAAGAGUCAGCCACUGUGCAGUGCUAGCAAGAUGAAACAUCACUUUUGAAUUUAAUGAAGUCUUCAGAGACUCUUCCAUUUCCAAGUUAUUUACUUGUAAAUAACAAAUAUGCCACCACACGAUCCUUUGCCUACAGUUGUGCUUACACAAUUAGAAGCAAAGCACCAUGGGUUCAAUGACACACCGUGAUGUCAUCGUUGCCAGUGACAGACUCCAUGGAGCAAUUUUUAAAUUGUGGAUUGGCUAGAAAGACGACAUGAUUUGACUUUAAAACUUAAUUUUGAUGUGAAACUGCUCUAUUGGUAUAUGAGAUUUGAUUAAUAAAGAA